CUGUACGCAAAACCACGCCGUGGUCAAUAGACGAGGUGCAGACGUUCCUCUCGUUAGCGACGAACAAAACAAGGCGAAACGAAAAAGUCUUUCAGGAAGUGUAGGAAAAAGUUUUAAAAAAAGUUAAAAGUGACUACAGAACCAUCAAGGACCACAACAGCUGGAGUGGUUCAAACAGAAGAAAGUUGAAGUGGUUCAAACAAAUGGAUGCUAUCUAUGGCAAUAGACCGGCGAGCAAUGGGAGGGAGAGUGCCCUGGACUCGCCGUUGUUGGAAUCCACGAUGGAGAAUGUGUUUCUGUGCUGAUUCGGAUCGCACAUAUAUGGCGUUUGCAACUGUCUGUGGAGAGUUCUGCCAGGCUCAGCACCUCACCUUUGUGGACAAGUGAAUUUUUUGCCACCUGCGGGACUACGCUACUCAGAAGCCUCCGUGAGAGCCACCACGCUGGGUCCAGUCUGUUUCUCUUAUACCCUCGUGGGACCACGUGCAGUCUAGCAUAUUCAAGCACACCCGCCUCAUUUCCUCCCUACAGCUUUUUUUUCUCCCUGUAGCCAAUAAGAAACUCUUCUCCUGAAUGGGGUAAUCUCAAUUGUCUCAAUUGGAUGACUGAAGGAUAGUCUCUCUUUUUACUUUAGUUUUCCUUUCAAGUUUAAUCAUACUUAUUUUUUUUAUAUACAUCCCCUGAACAUCGUGGACUAGAUCACCUUCCUUUUGGCUUUUGUUAGCACUUUUAGUAGUCUAGUGGACACCCACCAUUGCACCAUUUUUUUUUUUUUUUUUUUUGGUCUCUAUUUAUUUUUUAUACUGCUGACUUCUGAGCCAAAGAAUUUUUUUAACCAAGAAAAAAAAAGAACAGGAAUUAUAAGUACUUCAUUGUAAUUGUUUUAAAGACGUCUUGCCAACAUGAACCGCCCUGCCGCUGUUGAGAUUUCCUAUGACUGCAUGAAAUUCCUCAUCACACACAACCCCACCAACUCCACUCUCAACAAAUUCACUGAGGAGCUAAAGAAGUUUGAGGUGAACACACUGGUUAGAGUAUGUGAAGCCACCUAUGACAAGGCGCCAGUGGAGAAGGAGGGCAUUCAGGUCCUGGACUGGCCCUUUGAUGAUGGAGCUCCACCCCCAACCCAGAUUGUAGAUGAUUGGUUCAACUUACUGAAAACUAAGUUCCGAGAGGAGCCAGGAUGCUGCAUCGCUGUUCACUGUGUUGCGGGCUUAGGCCGGGCACCUGUGCUGGUGGCCUUAGCCUUAAUUGAGUGUGGCAUGAAGUAUGAAGAUGCGGUGCAGUUUAUAAGACAGAAGAGACGUGGAGCCUUCAACUCCAAACAGCUUCUUUACCUCGAAAAAUACAGACCUAAGAUGCGUCUGCGGUUCAAGGAUGCCAACGGUCAUAACUGCUGUGUCCAGUAGUGCGCCAUUCUGUCAGUCAUAGAAAACUAUAGUGGGAAGUUCAACCAGGGUAAAGGGGAGAAAAAAAGCAGUGGGUUGUAAUUGUGGUGAUUUUAUGAAAUGAAUCAUGGUUAAUCAAUCACAGAGAUGCAAUGAAUAAAAAGCUGAUCUUUGAAUUCACCAGCAGUAUCCAUGAGAAGGGUCAAAGCACACAGACAAGCCCGCAAUGUGUAGUUGUCACGGGCAAGAAUAUACACAAGUUGCCCCCCAGUUCCCAAAUAUCCAAUCAUGGGAUGACUUUUUAUUUGACAUUAUUUUAGAAUGAAUACUUUGAACUAUGAUGAAAAGAUUUACAGUUGUAAAAGGCUGUCAUUGUUGAUUUGUAUUAUGAAUUUAGCUAUUGGGCAUGUUUAUUUACAGUAUGUUUCUUUAUUUCUUUUUUUGUUUUGUUUUUUACUGUCCACAGAUAAAAGCCCCUUUUUUUCUUUCUUUUUUUUUUUUUACAGAAUAAAUUCUAAAGUAGGCAUAUAAUAUAUUUGCACAAAACAAACUUUUUAAAGAAGUUCCUUUCCAAUGCAGCAAAUGCCCCCUUGAAAUCACUUUUAAUUUAGGGUUAGCUUAUGUUUUAAAUAUAUCAGCUGUAUUUAUUCACUAUAAUUAGUGUCUUGUCAGGAGUGUGGGUGGAGUCAUGAAACUUCUUUUUUUUUUCUCCUUUUUCCUUUCAUGGAGCCAUGUUAUUUUGUCUCGUUUUCUUCAUCUCUGGGGAGUGCAAUAUUCAGUCCAGCUUAGAAAAGCCCUCACCCUUAGGACCGUCUUAAAUCCAAAUUCAAAUACAGUAGACACAGUGUUUGAAAUACAGGGGGAUACUUGGCUUGUCUUAGGUACUCACUUCCUAUAGCUGCUCUUUGCUGGCUGCUCAGUGAAAAGCUUUAAUGUUGGCCUGGCUAUUGGCACCCACACAUAACGUGUACACUUUAUCUGUCACCCUACUGUUCAGCCCACAGACACACUGAAGGAAGUGAGAGGAGGGAGAUUGGUCAACUCUGGCUUUAUUUUCUAUCAUUGUGCCCAUUUUGAAAACACGCCCAUUUCAUCUUGGUUUUAAGAUAAAUAAAUGAUAUGAAAUUGAUUCUGGAUGAUUUUCACUGUGUGUUCUUUCCUGUAAUGUGUCAGCUAUUUACUGUUCUCAGUGGAUGAGUCAUUGUGUGAUUUGAUUUUUAUGGCCACCUUAACAUCCAAGAGAACAUCCCAUUCCCAACAUACAGUGGAUAAUGUGAAGAUAGUAAUUCAGCCGAAAUACCAAGUGCUGUCCUUGAAAGAAAAAUGAAUCGAUCCCUGUGAUUACUCUAAAAAAAUGUGAAGUAGUGUCAGAUGUGACUCAUCAAACAGUGGAGUGACCUGCAUGUAGAGAUGACAUUGUUUUUGUUUUUAAGGAAAUAAAUUUGACUAUGACUUUUCCACACUAA